AUGUCUCAUGCGUAUAAUGAAUUUGACUCUGAGAGGCAAUCAUAUUUUGAAACUAUAAGCUCCCAAGCUCCCUCUGGCACGAUUGAUGAUGCUCAUAAUACCAGCAUUAUCACUACUGCUGGUAAUAAACGUCAAAGAACCUCAGAAAACUUUGUUAAGUAUUGUAUUGCUGAGUAUGAUAAAUAUAAAUCCUUGUUGCAUGAGUCUUUGCUUAAUGUUUCUGGUAGAGUUAGCUUUACAGGUGACAUGUGGACUGCAUGUACUAACCGAGGCUCUCUCACUUUGACUGCUCAUUAUGUUGAUGACACUCAUGUUUUAAAUCUUAUUGUUCAAAGAGGUUUAAAAGAAGUUCAUGAAAGUGUUGAAAAAUUGCGUGAAGUUGUUAAAUAUAUUGAUGCUUCUGGUUCUAGAUCAACUCAAUUUGAGCAUGCUUUAUCUGAGUUACAGUAUGCUUUUAAUGGUAAGUUAUGUCUCGAUGUUGUGACUCGUUGGAACACCACUUAUAUAAUGCUCCGAAAAUCCUUAGAAGCUAAGGAUGCCUUGAUUCUAUAUACUAGUAGGUUUUUGGGUAUUUCUUAUAGACUUGAUGCUGAUGAAUGGGAUACCAUUCAAAAAAAUUGUGAUUUUCUUCUGCCAUUUUAUGAUAUUACUAUGUUAUUUUCUAGUACUGAAUAUCCCACUACUAAUUUGUAUUUUGUUAGUGUUUUAAAAAUUGAGUACGCUAUUAAUCAAGCCCAUAAAGACCCUAAACUUGCACCCAUAGCAGCAGUUAUGCUUGAGAAGUUUGAGGGUUAUUGGGAGGAUUAUUGUUUGAUUCCUUAA